AUGGCAACGGAAUUGGAGGGUGAAGAGCCUCCGAAGAGAGAUGUUCGUAACCACAUGCUCUUCGAGGUGGCCACAGAAGUCGCCAAUCGAGUCGGAGGGAUAUAUUCAGUUCUCAAAUCCAAAGCUCCAGUGACAACUGCAGAAUAUGGAGACAGAUAUACCUUGAUCGGUCCCUUGAAUCGGGCUUCUGCGAAUGUUGAGGUCGAGGAGCUGACUCCCUCGAAUCCUCGCAUGGUCGAAACAAUUCAGUCCAUGAGGGAUCGAGGCAUUGAAUUAAUCUACGGUCGCUGGUUGAUUGAGGGUGCUCCGCGUGUGCUUCUCCUCGAUACAGGGACCGGUUAUAAAUACCUCGAUGAAUGGAAGGGUGAUCUUUGGAACACCGCGGGUAUUCCAUCUCCGUCGGCAGACACGGAAACGAAUGAAGCCAUUGUGUUUGGAUACUUGGUCGCAUGGUUCUUGGGUGAAUUUAUCGCCCAUGAACGACGCCUUGCUGUGGUUGCUCACUUCCAUGAAUGGCUUGCAGGGGUCGCCCUCCCUCUGACGAAGAAGCGACAUAUGGAUCUGACAACUAUUUUCACCACCCAUGCAACCCUUCUGGGCCGGUACCUUUGCGCCGGGUCUGUGGAUUUCUACAACAAUCUACAUCACUUCGAUGUAGAUGCGGAAGCUGGUAAACGUGGGAUUUAUCAUCGGUACUGCAUCGAGCGUGCGGCUGCGCACACGGCAGAUGUCUUUACAACUGUCUCCCAUAUCACUGCUUUCGAGAGUGAACACCUACUCAAGCGCAAACCAGACGGGGUACUCCCCAAUGGGCUGAACGUGAAAAAGUUUUCUGCGGUGCAUGAGUUCCAGAAUCUGCACUCUCAGUCCAAGGAAAAGAUCAAUGACUUUGUUCGCGGUCACUUCUACGGCCACAACGAUUUUGAUCUGGGCAACACGCUCUACGUUUUUACCUCAGGCCGUUACGAAUUCCGGAAUAAGGGGGUGGAUAUGUUCAUCGAAAGUUUAGCUCGUCUAAACCACCGGCUAAAGGCCAACGGGUCGAAGACCACUGUCGUUGCAUUUAUUAUCAUGCCUGCGCAAACGUCAUCUCUCACUGUGGAAGCCCUCAAGGGACAGGCCGUUGUGAAGUCGUUACGUGACACAAUUGGGAUGAUUGAACAAGGCAUUGGGAGACGAAUGUAUGAGCGCUGUCUAGCGUGGAAGGAGGGAGACAAUAUGCCAGAUGAGAAGGACUUGAUGGCUAGCCAAGAUCGAGUACUACUGCGCCGCCGACUCUUUGCCAUGAAGCGUCACUCUCUACCCCCUAUUGUCACGCACAAUAUGGCCAAUGACCAUGAAGAUCCAAUCUUGAACCAAAUCCGCCGUGUUCAGCUUUUCAAUUACCCAUCAGACCGUGUCAAGGUGGUUUUCCACCCGGAGUUCCUUAAUUCCUCCAAUCCAGUGUUGCCAUUGGACUAUGAGGAUUUCGUUCGUGGCACGCACCUUGGCGUGUUUCCGUCUUACUACGAACCGUGGGGUUACACGCCCGCGGAGUGCACGGUAAUGGGGGUUCCUAGUAUCACUACCAACCUUUCAGGGUUUGGUUGUUACAUGGAGGAGCUAAUUGAGAACUCAUCCGACUAUGGAAUAUAUAUUGUGGACCGUCGGAUGAAGGGGGUCGAUGACUCCGUUAACCAGCUGACUAACUUUAUGUUCAACUUCACUUUGAAGAGCCGACGACAACGGAUCAACCAACGCAACCGGACCGAGCGUUUGAGCGACCUUCUAGACUGGAAGCGUAUGGGAUUAGAAUAUGUUAAGGCUCGACAGUUGGCGUUGCGAAGAGCGUACCCGUCAUCGUUUGCGAACUCCGAGGAUUUCUAUAAUAUCAUUGGGGGAACCGAACAGAAGAUAUCGCGUCCAUUUUCUGUCCCUGGUUCACCAAAGGAUCGUUCGGGUGUGAUAACCCCUGGAGACUUCGCAUCUCUCCAGGAGGUAAAGGAAGGCCUGAGUACAGAGGACUAUAUCGCAUGGAGGCUCCCCUCAAACGAGGAGGAAGAGCCCGAUGAUCAUUUCUUCCCACUUACUUUGCGCACGAAGAAAUCCUCGGACGGACUCUCAUCUCCGCUGGACCGGAUAUCGUUGAAUGGUGAUAGCUGA